CAUUGCGCGUGUCACGUGAUUUGUAGAAAAGUCUCUUCAGGCUUUACAACUUGGGGACGAAUUUGUGUUCAUAUAUGAUUUUUGAAGACACUUGUUGAUGCAGAUGAUGUAUUUCUCUCGCGGUUUGUUCAUUUUUAAUCUACUGCAUCUGCAAGGUUAUAUCUUCUUGUCCCUGGAGGAAUCGCAACAAGCAUGUCCGAGAAAUACUAAGAGAAUUUCAGUGAUGGAGGGAGAUUCUGUGACCUUUAACCCUGAUUCUAAUAAACUACAGCCAAAUGAUGUGAUACAGUGGAGGUUUGAGAAUAAACAUCUAUGCAGUGCUACAUUCAGAGAUGAGAAAACAAAUGCAUGUGAUAAUAAGACAGUAGGAGAGAGGUUUAAGCUUGAUUGUCAGACUGGAUCGCUCAUCAUCAGGAAUAGCAGCAAAAAUGACACUGGACAUUACGAAUUUACAAGCUACAGAAGCGGAAACUUUGAAACAAUCAAAUGUUUUGGCGCUAUUUUCUACAGUUCUUUACCUGUUCCUGUCAUCAGCAGUAACUCUUCACAAUGCUCUUUGCCAUCAUCUUCAUCAUCCUCAGAGCAGAAUUGUUCAUUGGUGUGCUCAGUGGUGAAUGUGGGUCAUGUGACUCUCUCCUGGUACAAAGGAAACAGUUUAUUGUCCAGCAUCAGUGUGUCUGAUCUCAGCAUCAGUCUCUCUCUACCUCUGGAGGUGGAAUAUCAGGAUAAAAACAGCUACAGCUGUGUGCUCAACAAUCCCAUCAGCAACCAGACUCAACAUCUGGACUCAACUCAACUCUGUCACACAUGUUCAGAACUCUACCAGGAAUCACAUACUGUAGUGUUUGCUGCAGUGCUACCACUUGUUAUAGUGGUGGUCGUGAUUGUACUAGGUGUGAUCUAUUUCAUAAUGAAAAAGAAACGAGGUUCAUAUAUAAAUCCCAAUGCACCAUAAUCUGAUGGAGUGAAAAACAUUAUGCACAAAUGAUGAUCUGACAAUCUAACAGACUGCAGUGGCUAUGACAGAUCUCUGACACAUAUGAUGCUGUGUCUCAGUACUCUAAGAUCAUGAACAAAGAAAUUUUAUAAACAAAACUUGGUACAACAUUAUCAUGAUUUUAAUGCCAUUUUUAUCAAAACUGUGACUGCAUUGAAUUAAUGUGCAUUAUGUAUAUGCAGCAUCGAUUAAAAAAAGGUACCAGAGUAAUUGUUGUAUAUAGCAAGUGUUAAGCUUUUUGUUGCUGGAUCCUGAUAUAUUUUUUGAUAUGCUUUUACAUAUCUAUAAUAUCAUUUAUGUGGUCUCUUUUCUUUGACUGGAUGGCAAUGUUGUAUCUGUUUUAACUGAAUACUUUAAUCACAUCUCUACUGGGGCUAUCAGGACAAAUAGACACAAUUUGUCAGAAACUGUAAAAUUAAUUUUCCUAUAAUUAUCCUGCCCAGACUUGAGAAAGUGCUGAUCUGUUUUUUUCACAACAGAGCAGCCAACACUAGCCUUGUGACUGUCUUGCUAAAUAACAAAUUCAUUUGUAUUACAGUGUUAAAGGGAUAGUCCACCCACAAAUGAAAAUGUGAUGUUUAUCUGCUUACCCCCAGAGCAUCCAAGAUGUAUGUGAGUUUGUUUCUUCAGUAGAUCACAAACGAACAUUUUUAGCUUCAGCUGUUGCAGUCUCUCAGUCGUACAAUGCUUGGCAAAUGGUAACAGAAUCUAUGAGAGAAAUAAAUAGAAAACAUGCAGAGACAAAUCCAUAUUAAACCAUGCGGCUCGUGAUGAUACAUUGAUGUAUAAAGACUCAAAACGAUUGGUCUGUGCAAAAAACUGAACAGUAUUUAUAUCUGGGAUUUUAACCUCUGAUUCACACAAUGUCUAAACUGUUAGAACUCUUGUGAGCGUGCUUCACAGUAGCCUGCGUCUUCUUCUUCUUCUUGCUUUAUGGCAGAUGGCAGGGCAGUUCAUUACUGCCACAAAUGCUAUGGACUCCUGUUUGAGAUUGUAGAUAGAGUAUUAAUGGUCCAUUUGAGAGAUGGUUGGCGGUAAUGCACUUAUAAGUCUGUGAUCCGCCCUAAAGUAAGAAGAAGAAGAUGCCGGCUGCCGGUUCACAAGAGUUCUAACAUUUCAGACAUUGUGUGAAUCAGAGGUAAAACAAACUAUAUAAAUACUGUUCAGUUUUUUGCACAGACUGAUCGUUGUGUGUCUUUACACAUCAAUGUAUUGUCACGAGCCACAGGGUUUAAUUUGGAUUUGUCUGUGCAUGUUUUUUUUUUCUCUCUCUGAUAGAUUCUGUUGCCAUGCAUUGUACGACUGAGAGACUGCAACAGCUGAAGCUAAAAAUCAUAAUUUGUGUUCUACUGAAGAAACAAAGUCACCUAAAUCUCGGCUGCCCUGGGGAUAACCAGAUAAACAUCAAAUUUAAAUUUUUGGGUGAACUAUCGCUUUAAUAAACAGUGUGUUCAGUUGGUGUUUAUUUUGAACAUUUGAAAAUCAUGCUUAUAAUAUACUGUAUCUGUGUUUCUGUAUCUUCAGUGUUUUAUUACAUGGCCCUGUUCCUGGGGAACUUCCUGCUGAGUUUUUUGAAACAGUCCAUGAAUAGUUCUGGUGGUUAUGCUAAAGAACCUGUAUGUUGAAUAUUGUUUUUUUUUUCAGUAAAUAAACUUGACUGUAGACACUUA